CAAUGCCCCAAGCCCCCAAUGGCUAUUUAUUUAUUAUUUCUUAACAAACUUUUAUUCUUUCUCCAUUCUCUCUGUCUCUUUCUAAAACACUUUUUAUAGUCUCUGAUAAUUUCCUCCUUCAAACCAGCAAAACCCUCCUUCAAUCUCACCUGAAACCCAGCAAAAUUCAAACCUUUUUACUCAAGAUCUCCAUUGAAGGAUUUCAGGCGAAGUCUAAAGAUUCACCAAGACUUUUAUUUUUCAUUUUUCAAUGCCAGAAGUUUCUUUGUAAGAUGGAUUCAGUUAAACAAUCCAGUGCGACCCCAAGUAAAAUUAGGUUAGCACGUACUUUCGCUAAGGUUUUACACAUUCGAGCAUUGACGGGGAUAGCUCCUGAUGAUGGGGUCCGGAAGAUUGAGAUGAAAUUGAAUGAUCACUUGAAGAGUCCAUUCUCCGAUGAUGAAGAUGAAUUUGUUCGGGAUAGGGCGGUUGAAGAAGCUUUUCUUGCUAAGCUGUUUGCUGGAAUAUCUGCUGUUAAAGCUGCAUAUGCAGAGUUGCAAUUUGCUCAAUGUCCUUAUGAUGCUGAUGGGAUUCAAUCUGCAGAUCAAAUGUUAGUGUUGGAACUAAAGAAUUUGUCUGAAUUGAAGCAAUGUUACUUGAAGAAACAGUUGGACAUGAAGAGUCCAGAGAAGACUCUGGUUUUAGCAGAAAUUCAGGAGCAGAAGAGUCUGCUGCAAACUUAUGAAAUUAUGAGUAAGAAGUUGGAUUCUCAGCUUAAACUUAAAGACUCUGAAAUAACUUUUCUUGAAGAGAAAUUGGCAGACGUCGACACGGAUAAUAACUUACUCCAGAAGAGAUUGAAGUCAAGUGGACAUUUAGGCAUGCCUGAGGAUAUUCAUUUCUCUGGCUUGAGUCUCAACCACUUUGUUACAUGUUUUAAGCAGACAGUAAAUUCAGUACGCGGAUUUGUCAGGUUGCUGAUUAACGAAAUGGAGUCUGCAGGUUGGGAUUUGGAGGCCGCAGCCAGAUCAAUUGAACCUGGGCUAGUUUUCUGGAAACAAAAUCACAAGUGUUUUGCAUUUGAAUCCUUCGUCUGCAAAGAAAUAUUUGAUGGUUUUAGUUAUCCGAAUUUCUCUAUCCAAGAGGAGUCCUUGCCGGAGCAGAAGGAAAGAAGAAGGCUAUUUUUUGACAGAUUCAUGGAGUUGAAAUCUGUUCGACCAGCGGAUUAUCUAGCCUGGAAGCCUAAAUCUGCGUUUGCAAUGUUUUGUCGUGCCAAAUACCUAAGACUAAUUCAUCCUAAGAUGGAAGCAUCCCUGUUUGACAAUUUGGAUCAGAGGAAUUUGGUGAAUUCUGGUGAUUGCCUGGAGACACCCUUCUUCUUGGCAUUUGCUGAGAUGGCUAAGCGCAUUUGGCUCCUACACUGCCUGGCCUUAUCUUUCGACCGCGAGGUAUCUAUCUUUCAAGUGACUAGGGGAGCUCGUUUUUCUGAAGUUUACAUGGAUAGCUUAAGCGAUGAAGCGUUCCUGUUGUCUGAUGGCACACCAGAAACUGAUCCUCAUGUGGCUUUCACAGUGGUUCCCGGGUUCAGAAUAGGUAAGACAGUUGUUCAAUGUCAGGUGUAUCUAAUAAAUCCGGCUUGCACAUGAAGGCACACUGAAGACAAUUUAAAUUACUAAAGUUGUUCUCUAUAACGUUUAACCUUUUAAGUGAGCACGGUAUCUAUGUUGAAAAACUCGGGAUUUGCCAAAGUGAAGUGCACGACUAGGCCUAUAUCUUGGCCUACAUCCUCCAAGGAUGGCAAUUCCCCUUUCCAUUAUAGAGAGUAGUCAUUGCUUGCCUGGUAGCUGCCUAGGUGGUUAGGGCUUUCAAAGAUUCAAGAUUUUCUCAAUUUUGUGUAACAUUGAUCAAGUGUUGAAGGAUACUAAUUGUACAUUGUAGCACUUCAUUAUAUACAUUCAGUGUUUUUAUAUUCGG